AUGUCCGUAAGAUCUGCGGAAAAAAAACUCUCUCUCUCUCAACAGACCCUGCAGAUCUUGCAAAGAAAAGACCUCCUACUGCGAAGAUCGACCUCAAAAGGCUGUUCUUUGACCGAACAUACGCCUGCAUUGACCCUCGAUAAAAGCAUAAAAAAUCCGCAAGGACAAACAAGGGACAUCAAGUCAAAACCUGUAAUAGAACACACCGAAGAAAAACGCAAACCAAUAGACUUGGACGAGUAUCAACAGCAAUCCCCCCCACAAAUUCAAGAACUAAAAACACAACUAGCCAACGUAUCAAAACAACACCAAAUAGUAAAUGACUCUCUCUCAUCCGCCCAAAAAGAACUCUCGCAAGUACAAGAACAGUUACAAUCCUCGCAAACUGCACUCGUCCAGAAAUCCGAAGAGCUAAAAAAGACCGAAACUCAGGUCUCGCGAGUGCAAACUGAACUCCGACAAUCUUUCUCCGAAGGCGAAAAGUUAAAGUCUCAAUUACGUCAAACGCAAGCAGACCUCCAGAACACGCAGACUCAACUCAAAUCCAUAACAGCCGAACUCGAAAACAACAAAUCAGCUCUCGCAAAGACAAAUUCCCUCCGACUCAACAACAACAAUGACGCGAAAUCAGACGAAGAGUUCAAACAAUAUUCUGAAAAGGUAUUGGCCGAACUCAGUGCUACAAAAUCGCAACUAAGCACAGCUCACAGAAAACUAGAGGAGAAACAUGCCGAGCUAGAAAAGACUAAUUCCGAGCUAAUAAACAUUAAAGCACAAUUCAGCUCGUCCAACAGAGAGUUUGAGAAAACCAAGCUAUCACUCGACAAAGCUAACUCGGAAUUGUCUGCUCUCAAGAGCAAAGUAGUUUCUCCAUCGCCCGAAGCCGAAAAACUCCAAAUGGCUAACGCUCAACUUGAAGACGAACUGAAACGUUUAUUUACAGAAUACAACCAACAAAUCAAAGAUGCGGGUGAUGAACUCGAAAAGAACCGCUCUACCAUUAUCCGUUUGACUGCAGAGAUCCAAGAUCUGGAAACCGAUCUUGAAGAAUCCAACAGUCGCUGUGCUGAUUUUGAGAACAAGGCCAAAAUAACUGACCAUGAACUAAACUCGGCAAAGUCACAAGCCGAUAAUUUGGCCCUAGAAUUGACCGAAUCACAAGUUCGACGCCAAGAGUUAGUAUCGGCGCUGGAUAUCUUGAACAACGAGUUUGACAAGUUUAAGACUGAAAACAAGAGUUCGAGCGAAGAAACCAAAGAGCUCAAAUGUCAGAUUGAUUUGAUCAAUCGAGAAUUGGAUUCCGAGAAAAAGAAAGUCAUGCAACUGGAAAGAGAAUUGGAAACAACCAGAGAAAUGCUUGAGGCUAAGGAUGAUUUGGCAGAAUUGGUUAUGAAAGUCAAGCAGGACGAGUGGAGCAAGACCGUCGAAUCCCUACGCGAUGAAGUUGUAUCUGUCACCAAGCAACUCAACGCAGUCAAACGGGAAAGGAAGAAGGUUGAAAAGAGUAACAAAGAGCUUAAAGCACAAAACGAGACUCUUUCCCAAAAGAAAAUUCAAGAAACAGCGCGGGUGCGCGAACUUGAAGUCGAGAAUUCGACGCUUCGCAAACAGGCCGACAAGGCGAAAGAUCAAGUCCGCCAUGUCGAAGAGCUAAAGGUUGAGUUACAGGCAUUGAAGAAGAACGGUUCGUCAAAGUCACGACGCAACCGUCGUAGUAGUUCUAAUUCUACCGAGAAAACACGGACGCCAGACUCUACUACAAAAGACGAGAGACCACCCACUCCACCAGAAACACCUCGUUUGGAAUUUGAGCCUGCAAGAAACGAGUUACCCAACGACGGUUGGAUCACCGUUUCGCGAAAACCUAAGAGGAACAGGAUUGGUUUGGAAGGGUUAAUCGAGCGUUAA